CCAACCGUUCACAUAGUAGACCACCCCACUCACAUUCCUCUCAGAAAACAUUCCCUUUUUCUUCACAAGCUUCCAACUCUCAUCAUCUCUCUCUCUCUCUCUCAACUUAUUUUCAGUAUCAUCUUCAUCACCCUUUGAUCAUCAUCAAUCCAUGGACACAACUCAAUGGCCUCAGGAGAUUAUGGUGAAGCCAUUAGCAACAAACACAAGUGAAAAGAAACCAAGACCAGAAAAACAACAAGCUGUUAAUUGUCCAAGGUGCAACUCAAUCAACACAAAAUUCUGUUACUACAACAACUAUAGCUUAACACAACCAAGAUAUUUCUGCAAAACAUGUAGAAGGUACUGGACUCAAGGUGGAUCCAUUAGAAACAUUCCCGUGGGAGGUGGAACAAGAAAAAACAACAAGGUUAUUAGAUCUUCUUCUAACCUUGUUUCAAAUCCAACAAAAAACCUAGUACCUAGUAUUCUUGUUACUAGUUCUCAAAAUCAAAAACAUCAUGAACAAGGACAAGAUCUAAAUUUGGAUUUCACUUCUGUUUCUUCUCAUAGUUUUUCAGCAUUGGAGCUUCUUACUGGGAUAACUGCUUCAACUACAAGGGGUUUUCAUUCUUUUAUGCCGGUUCAACUUCAAGGUGAUUCCAACACUAGUAAUAUUGGGUUUCCUUUGCAGGAUUUUAAGCAAGUGCCAAUGAAUUUUUGUUUAGAUGGGAUUGGUGGAAAUGGUUAUGGAAAUGAAGGAAGGGUUUUGUUUCCUUUUGAGGAUUUAAAACAGGAUUUGGAUCAGAAUAACAAUAAGGGAGAUCAACAAGGUUAUACAACUGGGUUUUGGAAUGGAAUGUUGGGAGGAGGAUAUAAUGGUAAUUAACUAAGGAAAAGUCAUCUAUAUGUUUCAUAGUAUUGCUAACUUAAUUUCUUCUUUCAAUUUCUUGCACUAGUUGUUGUUGAAUUAUCUAUAGGAAUUAAGGAUGAAAAAAUAAUUGAUCUUCAAUUUUAGUGUUUAGGACAAUUAGUGAUGGAAGUAGAGAUAAUUUUAUAUUUUGUAUGUUUUGUUUCUCAUUGUUACUUCAACUUUUUUUUUAGUGAUGUUUGAUGCAUUCUCA